UUUUUUCUUUUUAUUUUUUUUUUUAUUUUUUUUUUAUAUAAAAAAAGGUACUCAACUCAACAAAUGGGUCGUCCAAGUUCUUCUUCUUAUCAUAGAGCAAACUCAUUUGCUACAAACGAUAUGCCUAAUACCUCACAAUCUAUCCAAGGAUCAUCUUCAAACUUGCCACAAUCUCAAGAUCAUCAGCACCUUUCAAACGGUCCACCACCUCCACUACCUAAUCAUCAAAUGUCAUCGCCUUCACAAUCAUCUCAUCCUGUACCACCUAGAAAACUUACCAAUGAAUAUUAUCCAACUGAUAUUGAAAUGCAAAACAGAGCAAUGUCACCUCAGUAUCAACAACAACCAAUGUAUUACAACAAUAUGUAUCCACCACCACAACAACAACAACAACCAGUCUAUUUAUAUCCACAAGAAGAUAUAUACAAAGGUCAUCCUCUGAAACGUGCACUUUUAGGUCCGAUACGACAACCCAUCUUUAGUCAUCUUAGUGCAUUGGCUAUGCUAGGUGUACUUAUUUAUGAACUUGUACGCAAUUACCAAUUGACAAGCAGUGUGAUCCAAACUCAACCCAUGUUUAACGUGAUGAUUGGUCCUUCUUUUUCUGUCCUCAUUAAUAUUGGAGCCAAGUUUACUCCUUGUAUGCGUGCUUUACCCAAUAUCUCAACAUCCAACGUAUAUGGACAAUGUUUUGGUCCUAAUGAUACUUGUACCUUAUCUCAAAUGUGUGGUCUAUCUUCUCUGACAACGAUCCCCAAUCAAGCAUACCGAUUCGUGUCUCCGAUCUUUAUGCAUGCCGGUAUUGUCCACUUUUUACUCAAUAUGUUAACUCAUCUUCGACUUGGUGUGGAUCUCGAACGUAGUCUUGGAACUCCUCGAUAUAUGCUUUUAUAUAUGGCGUCUGGUAUCUGGGGGUUUGUGCUUAGUGCCAUGUUGGCGAAUGAAAAUACCGCAUCUAUGGGUUGUUCGGGUGCACUCUUUGGUUUGAUUGGCUAUAUGUUUAUUGAUGUUUUAAUCAAUUGGCGUGUGAUUCAACAUCCUUGGCGUGAACUCAUCAGUUUAUUUAUCUCCACUAUUAUCUCUCUUGUACUUGGUCUCUUACCUGGUCUGGAUAACUUUGCCCAUCUUGGUGGUUUUGUCGUUGGUUUGGUCAUGGGUCUUUUGAUUGCUCCUACUCGUCCUAUGGCAACAAAGAAUAUUAUAUUUCUUACUUGGAUCGGUCGGAUUAUCGCAUUGGCUAUCAUCAUUGUCAUGUUUGUCGUUGGUAUCAAACAAUUUUAUGAAUCUCCUGACCCUUCUUUGAUCUGCCCAAAUUGUAGGUAUUUGAGUUGCUUACCAGUGAAUGGUUGGUGUGACAAUUAUCAAACUCGGUCAUAGCUAUAGUAUAGAUAUAUAUCAUCAUUUAUCCAUACAUUAUUUACUUUAUAUACAUGUUCAAUUUUUUAUUCCCUCAAAACAAUAAAAUAUACUUGUUUCUUUUUUUACUAUCUAUAAAGGAAAACAAUAAUUACAAUGGAAA